CGAGACUUGCCCGCGCUUCAGAACCAAGGACAGAUCACCAAGAAGAGGCGAAGCGGCAGUCUGGCAAACAUGCCCGAAGAAGUGUGCAACAUCUGGACACGGCUCGCCACAUGAAGCAUCUCCCUCGCAAAGACGCACAGCUGGUGGAGAGGACACCGGGAAAACACGACUAGGAGCGACUAUCAGGCUCUUUCAAACAUGUUCAAGCACCUCCCUCCAACUUCCUCCAACAACUGUGAAAAUUACGCAUCCAUCUAAAGGCUCCAGUCCAGUUACUUUACCAUGACGAGAAUGCUGCAUUGCCCUGAGACAUUUCCAAAACCCGGUAAAUUGACACAUUACUGGCCCCUCCAUGUGAUCCUACUUGAACUGCUCCUACCAGGCGUUUUACCAAGCAUCUCCAGACUGUCCCCUACAGCCAAGCGUGAGAUCAUCAUCGAAGGAGACUUGGUAAUCGGCGGACUAUUCCCUGUGCACGAAAAAGGUGACGGUACCGAGGAUUGUGGGAAAAUAAAUGAAGAGAGAGGCAUACAGAGACUAGAAGCCAUGUUGCUAGCUCUGGAUGAGAUCAAUGCUAAUGAUCGCAUCUUGCCCGGGCUGCAGUUGGGGGCUCAUAUUCUGGACACCUGCUCCAAGGACAUGUACGCUCUGGAGCAAGCCUUAGAGUUCGUGAGGGCAUCUCUGACCAAAGUGCACGACCCAGGCUUCAUCUGCCCCGACGGGUCCCGGCCCAUCCAGAACGAAGUCCCUCUUGCCAUCUCAGGAGUCAUUGGUGGCUCCUACAGCGAUGUGUCCAUUCAGGUGGCCAACCUACUGCGGCUCUUCCAGAUCCCUCAGAUCAGUUAUGCCUCUACCAGUGCCAAACUCAGUGAUAAGUCUCGUUACGAUUACUUUGCCCGCACUGUGCCCCCGGACUUUUACCAGGCCAAGGCCAUGGCCGAGAUCCUGCGCUACUUCAACUGGACCUACGUGUCCACCGUGGCUUCUGAGGGCGACUAUGGUGAGACGGGGAUCGAUGCAUUUCACCAGGAGGCUCGAGCCAAGCAGAUCUGCAUCGCCACAUCAGCUAAAGUGAGUCGCUCCAUGAACAGACAGGGCUACGAGAUUGUCAUCCGCACUCUGCAGCAAAAGUCCAACGCUAAAGUGGUCAUCCUGUUCACACGCAGUGAGGACGCCCGGGAGUUGUUAGCAGCUGCUGCCCGUAUGAACGUGAGCUUCUCCUGGGUGGCCAGUGACGGCUGGGGGGCCCAGGAGAGUGUGGUGCGCGGCAGUGAGGCUGCGGCAGAUGGAGCCUUCACCUUAGAGCUGGCCUCUUAUCAGAUCAGAGAGUUCACAGACUAUUUCACAAAACUCAACCCCUACACGAACACCAGGAACCCCUGGUUCAGAGAGUUCUGGGAGAACCACUUUGACUGCAGCCUGCAGCAGGCGGGCUGCAGCGAGCACAGCCUCCGGGAUGGGACAUUUGAGCAAGAGUCCAAAAUCAUGUUUGUGGUGAACGCUGUGUACGCCAUGGCCUACGCUCUGCACAACAUGAGGCAAGCCGUGUGCUCCAACACGUCCAUGGUCUGUGACGCCAUGAAGCCAGGCAACGGAAGGAGGUUCUACAAGGAGUUCAUCCUCAAGACCAAGUUUGAGGCUCCCUUCAGACCUCCAGACACCGACAGCAUGGUCCGGUUCGACUCUAUGGGCGACAGUAUCAGUCGCUACAACAUCUUCCACUACCACAAAGAAGAGGGCAAAUUCACCUAUAAGAAGGUGGGCUACUGGGACCAAAUCCUGACCCUAAACACAGCACUUGUGCCUUGGCGUGGUUUAGGGCCCCCCACUUCCCAGUGCAGCGACCCCUGUAGGAAAAACGAAAUCAAAAGCAUGCAACCAGGAGAUGUCUGCUGUUGGAUCUGCAUACCCUGCCAGCCAUACCAAUAUCUCCAAGACGAGUUUACCUGUGCCGACUGUAGCUUUGGACAGUGGCCUUUGGAGAAUCUAACAGGUUGCUAUGACUUACCAGAGGAGUACAUCCGCUGGGAGGAUGCAUGGGCUAUUGGGCCAGUCACCAUUUCCUGCCUGGGCAUCCUGUGCACCCUGUCGGUCAUAGGGGUCUUCUUCAAAAACAACGAGACCCCUGUAGUCAAAGCAAGCGGGCGUGAAUUGUCUUAUAUCUUACUGCUUGGUGUUUUGAUGUGCUACAGCAUGACUUUUAUCUACAUUACCAAGCCCUCCACCACAGUGUGCACUCUGCGUCGACUGGGUCUUGGCACCUCCUUUGCUGUGUGUUACUCUGCUCUACUCACCAAAACUAACCGUAUCGCCCGAAUCUUCAGCGGGGUAAAAGACGGAGCUCAAAGGCCAAGAUUCAUAAGUCCAGCGUCCCAAGUGGCGAUUUGUGGGGCACUGAUUUCUUGCCAGUUGCUAGUAGCGAUCGUUUGGCUCUUGGUGGAGGUGCCUGGGGUGAGAAAAGAAGUUAGCCCUGAACGGAGGAACGUAGUGACGCUAAAGUGCAACAGCAGGGACUCUAGCAUGCUAAUAUCACUAACCUAUAACUGCGUUCUGAUCAUCCUCUGCACCGUCUAUGCGUUCAAGACCAGAAAGUGCCCUGAGAACUUUAACGAGGCAAAGUUCAUUGGGUUCACCAUGUACACAACAUGCAUCAUCUGGCUCGCCUUUCAGCCCAUCUUCUAUGUGACCGCCAGUGACUACAGGGUUCAGACCACGACCAUGUGCAUCUCAGUGAGCCUGAGCGGGUCUGUAGUGCUGGGUUGCCUCUUCGCUCCCAAACUCCACAUCAUCCUGUUCCAGCCACAGAAGAAUGUGGUCACACACAGAGUGACCACCAACCGCUUCAGUGGCACCGCCUCUGCCCCCAGCUCCAGCUACUCCAAAGGUUCUGCAUCCAACUACGUUCCAGCAGUGUGCAAUGGUCGAGAGGUGGUGGACUCUACAACGUCCUCAUUGUAAAAAAUAAAAAUCUGCCAACUUCCAACAGUAUGUACGCACAAUGGAUCAACAGAGAAAUACUGCCCAGAGCAAGAAGCUAACUGUAAAGCUA